UUAUGCUGUGCACCAGGGAAGUUGGAGCGCAUCCUGCUCUGGGGCCAGAUAACACUCGCACUUCCCACUUCUGAAUGAGAAGGUGGGAAAUCAAGUAGUGAGAAGACAAAAAGGACACACAGCUCCUCUUUAUAAGAUACCACAGUGGACACGGAGCUUUUUCCACCCAACAGAUCUCUUAAUGGACCAAAUGUGGACUCACCGGGAGAGGCAAAGCAGGGCAUGGCUUUAAGCGGUCUCCUGCUUCUCUGUAUGGUAGCCUCUAAGGUGUGGGAUGCUGAGACCAAGCCAAUAGACUUUGUGUGUAACAAAACAGCCAGGAGGGUUUUGAAUAUUGUGGCAGAAAUGGAAAAAGCACUGAGUGACUGUGCUGACAUCAUGACCACACCGGUUCAGCUGCCCUGCACAGAACUUCACGUAGCAUCGUGGGAAAACAAAUCAUACCAGGAGAGGAGAGGAGAUAUAGUUGCAUCCUUGGGGCUUCUUCUUGAAGGUGUGAAGGUUAUGGAGACGCUGAGUCAGCCAGAAUGUGGUGCUCCACUACUGCAGAGACUGGAGAACAACAUCAACAACCACCUGUUUAUUCUCACACACCUUCAGCUGAGUCAGGAGCCAGUGGUGGAUCCAACAUUGUCUUGUGUUCCUCUGUGGUCACAGAGUCUAAGCACAGUUCUUCAGAGAUACAAACAACUGCUCUCAGGCAAACUGGAGAUGUUCUUCGUUAACCUGGAAAACAGAUGCUUUAACAAGUGACACUGGGUCCGUUCACAAAUGGGGGAAUAAAUUCAACACUACUGCAGCCACAAAAAAAAAUACUAGCGCAAAACAGCAGAACUGAUGUGGAGUUUCUACUCUGCUGCUCUCAAACUCAACUCUUUGACAUAUGGUGAUAUUUAGAUUCACACUCUUUUCUGAGAUUUCUGCAGUGGAACUACUUCUGGAUCGAGGAAGAUAAACACAUCAGGGAGAAAUUUGACAGCGCUUCUGAGAAGCUAAGGAUUCUUUGAUUUUGGUUUUAGGUCAAGAAAAGUAUUACCUGCAAUCUACCAAUUUCCAAAUGAUUGCUUCAUGUUUGAGAGUGACUCCAGCUUUAUCACAUGGCCAGAACAGAGUUUAUAAUUUAUGUUUUUGGAUUUGUUUAUCCCUGGAAUAGUGGUACAAAGGUACAGGCAGUUACAAAGGUAGACAGACAUGGCACUUAAGAUAAAAUAAAUAUAAAUGCUACUUAGGAAGGACACUUGGACAAGAAAUGGAGAAGAAAAUAUUGCUAUACCCUGAUGAGGUUGUUAAUGUAUUGAGCAGCUUGUUUUUUUGUUUUUUUUGCACUUGUCGAUCUAUGACUGGUAAUAUUUUUACUUCUAAAGUUAUGAGAUGCUCUAAACAUAUGUUUUUUUUCAUAGUUUGUGAAUAUCUGUUUGUAAAUGCAAAGGUUUUGAAUCUAAGGACAGUUGUUGUAUUUGUAUAUUUCAUGUCCAUUAUAUACAUGUGUAGUCAUUCAGUUGGCUGGCAUAUUAAAACAAACAAACAAACAAAAAAAAACAAUCUACAAAACUACUAUGCCAGCAAGAUACUAAGGCCUAUUUUCAUGUGUUGGUAAACUUACUCAGCAACUGCUUGUUAAUGCAAAUAUCUAUCUAUUCUAAUCUAAUAAUAUCAAAUAUGUAAUGACAAUCGCAUGGCAGCUCGAUGUAUUGAGGAAUGUAGACAUGGUCAGAGGGACCUGCUGAAUUCCAAAGAAAGAUGAUUUAGAAGACUUUGAAUGUAGCAUGGUUUCGGUCUCUCAGAUCUGAGUAUUUCAGAAAUUUCUGAUCAACUGGGAUUUUUCAUGCACACACAACAUCUAGGUUUUACAGAGAACAGGCUGAAAAAAGAGGAAAUAUCAAGUGAACGGCAGUUCUUUGAGCAGGAAAUGCUUUGGGCAGACUGGUUCCACAGCAGCAGAAGAUACUUCAGGCUGGUGAGUGUAAACCACUGUCAUGACAUGAAGACAGUCAUCUGAAAUGCAGUGUGAAUAGUUUGCAUUUUGAAAUAGCUGCAAAACGUUGAAAUGGUCAUUGCAGACGAGGGGAGGGGCGUUCGAAAAUUGUGCAUUUUGGUCAUCGUUGAUUUGGUUGCAUUUUUACCAUCUAAAGUGUGGGAAUCACACAAAAAUAAACAAAUAGAAAGGUU